AUGAGUGGGAGAUAUGAUGGUAUGAGGGCUGGUGAGAAUGUAGCCAGGCCCCGUGUAGGUCGCACUAGCGUCUUUGGGUUAGCGGCGUGUGACAGACCCCACGUGGCCCGGCGCCGUGUUGACAGACCCCGUACGUGGCCGGGUGCUCCCCGUAUGAGUGGGACUAUGGAUUGUGAGCCAGGAUUGAUAGGAAAGAGCUACGUGUGGCUUGAUCCCUUAGUGGAAAUUUUGGGGAAUGUUCAAUUUACAGGGGAGACUCUGCCGAAAUUUUGGCAGAAAGUCUCGUGCCCUAAAUCCUCUCUGGUAAAAGAGGACAUAGUUUUAAGGAGUAAACCCGGCGUGGGUGUGAUGCCGGGGUCUCCGCAGGGUUCGUCUCGGGUUUCGGGGAAAUUCGGGGCGGGGUCCUGUCAGUACACGUGUCGGUCAUGUCAGCCGUCAAGCUACUCCUACUCUAGCGAGGUAUGCUAUGUGGCUGACGACCCUAAGGCCAUUUGUCCAAAGUGCCAUAACUUCAUUCCAAAACCACGACUUAUGUUGCUCGGCUGA